AUGCCUGAACAGCCUUCAGGUGAUCCUUUUGAUGACUCUGAAGGGAAUAUAUCAGUUGGAAAGCCAAUUAUGGGACAGAACAAAGCUUCACCUUAUCCAGAACUGGCUCAAGGAUGCCCUGCUAAUGAUUUCUUGAGAAAGUUCGACAUUGAUGAUAGAUCGGUAGUCUCACAUAUAUUUCAUCAUUGGGGCAAGAAGCAGGCAUUUCAAAAUCCAAAGAGAUUACUUGAAAAGAUCAGUUUUGUGAUUGACGAACGCCUACGUGGUAAAGGAUACAAGCGCAAGGUUAUCAAGUGGGAACAGAUUCCAAUAGAGAAGCGGAGCCAUUUGACGAGAGAAAGGCAGGAACAUUUCCAAAAGCAGAGGAUUGAGAACUCUAUGGGUUCGUCAGGACCCACAGCCAAGCAGAAUACUAAACAGAAUUCGUCCCUGUUUGUCCUCCAGAUAUCAUACCUUCGAAACCUGGGGUGCACCAUAACUCCGACUUCUCGCUUGCACGCAUCAAAUCUUAUCGAAAAAUACAAAUCGCUCUGA